GAGAUUGCACAGAGUCACAUGUAAUUCUUAGUAUCUACAGUGUGCUGGGCACUCUUCUAUGGGGCACAAACAAAAGUUCCUUCCUCAGAGGAAGGAGACAGGCUAAAAGAAAAAAAGAGAGAGAGAGAGAUGAUAAAAACAGUGUGAUAAAGAGCUGAGAGGUUACAUACAAGAAGCCCAAAAAUUUGGGGAGGAAAGGAACUGAACUGGAAAGCUUUGGCAAGAUUGUCUUUUUGCUGAACUUGAAGGAUAUGUGCUGUCUUUGGUCUGUCCAAACUCCUCCCAGGCUUGGUGUGAGAUCACAAAUGUGUCACAGCUGCUGGCUUCUAUGCUCUACACGGACCUGAAUUCCAGCAUAACCAACUUGAGCAUUUCAGCAAAUGUAGAAGACAAAUACAAUCUUUAUAUGGGCUUGGUACUGGCAGUAAGCUCCAGUAUUUUUAUUGGCUCCAGCUUCAUAUUGAAAAAGAAGGGCCUCUUGCAACUGGCCAGCAAGGGCGUUACUAGAGCUGGACAAGGUGGACAUUCGUACCUGAAGGAAUGGCUCUGGUGGGCAGGAUUGCUGUCGAUGGGAACAGGAGAGGCUGCGAAUUUUGCUGCUUAUGCUUUUGCACCUGCCACCUUGGUCACCCCCCUGGGCGCUCUGAGUGUUCUCAUAAGUGCGAUAUUAUCUUCUUACUUUUUAAAUGAGCACUUGAACAUUCAUGGGAAAAUAGGCUGCAUAUUAAGUAUAUUGGGGUCAACUGUGAUGGUUAUCCAUGCCCCACAAGAAGAGGAAGUCACUUCUUUGCAUGAAAUGGAAAUGAAAUUGAGAGAUCCAGGGUUUAUUUCCUUCGCUGUGAUCAUAACUGUGAUCGCCUUGGUGCUGAUUUUGAUUGUGGCUCCCAAGAAAGGACAGACCAAUAUACUGAUCUAUAUUUCAAUCUGUUCUUUGAUUGGAGCAUUUUCAGUUUCUUCUGUCAAAGGCCUGGGAAUUGCCAUUAAGGAGCUGAUAGAAUGGAAGCCAGUUUACAGACAUCCCCUGGUCUUUGUUUUGUUGGCUGUACUUGUGCUUUCAGUAACUACACAGAUUAACUAUCUCAACAAGGCACUGGACACCUUUAAUACCUCUCUCGUAACACCCAUUUAUUAUGUAUUCUUCACAUCCAUGGUAGUGACUUGCUCUGCUGUCUUAUUCCAAGAGUGGUAUGGCAUGACAGCUGGAGAUAUCAUUGGGACCCUGAGUGGAUUCUUCACUAUUAUCAUUGGCAUCUUUCUUCUACAUGCUUUUAAAAACACUGACAUUACUUGGAGCGAGCUUACAUCUACUGCUAAGAAAGAAGUCAUCUCUCUGAAUGUCAGUGAAAACAAUUAUGUUUUACUAGAGAACUUGGAGUGUUCAGCCCCAGGAUACAAUGAUGACGUUACCCUGUUUAGCAGAACUGAUGACUGAAGUCUCUAAAAACACUGAGUUUUAACCACUAUGAGACACAUGAAGAAGAAAAUGAGUUCUUGCUUCUUGGAAGAACUGCUAGGAAAGCUAGCAUUUUUCUUUCUUUAUUUUUUUUAUGAAAGAAAGAAAGAAAGAGAAAGGGGGAGAGAGAACAGGAGUCUUGCUCUAUUGCCCAGGCUGGAAUGCAAUCUAAAAAUAGGUAUUAAAAACCUGUUUUAUGCCAAUAAUUGUGCUUAGCAGAGGAGACAGGAAGGAAUAAGGGAAGAAAAUAACAGACAGCCAACCAAUAUUUUAUUUAAGUCUGUGAAAUGCUAUGCAAAUGCUGAAGAGUGAUUUACUUCCAAUUAUGUGGUCACUUUCAAAAUAGGUGUAAUGUGAUACUGAGAAAAAUGUAUGUUCUGUGGACCUGCGGUAAAAAAUUCUAUAAAUAUUCACUGAGUUUACUUGUUCCAGGUCUGAGUUCAAAUCAUAGACGUUCCUGUUAAUUUUCUAUCUCGUUGAUCCAUCGAAUAUUAACAACAUGGUGUCAAAGUCUCCCGCUAUUAUUGUGCGGGAGUCCAAGUCUCUUUAGAAGUCAUUAAGAACUUGUCUUAUAUAUCUUGGUGCUCCUAUAUUGGGUGCAUAUACAUUUAUGAUCACUGACUCCUGUUGUUGCAUUGAUCCUUUUACCAUUAUGUAAUAUCCUUCUUUAUUUCAUUUAGUCUUUGUUACUAUUAAAGUCUAUUUUGUCAGAGAUGAAAGUUACAACUCCUGGUUUUUUGUUUUUUGCUCUCCAUUUGAUUGGUGAGUCUUCCUCCAACCCUUUAUUUUCAGUCUUUGUGUGUCCUUGCAUAUGACAUGGAUCUGGAUACAGCAUACCAAUGGGUUUUGACUUUUUAUUCAAUUUGCCUGUCUGUGUAUUUGACUGGGGCAUUAAAUCCAUUUCAAUUUAGGAUUAAUAUUGAUAUUUGUGAGUUUAAUAUUGUCAUUUAAUGCUAUCUGGCUAUUUUUACCCUUUAGUUGAUAUAGAUUCUUCAUUAUGGAGAUACUCUUUACCUUUUGGUAAGUUUUUGGGAUGACUGAUACUGGUUGUUCCUUUCUGUGUGUAAUGCUUCUUUCAGAAGCUCUUGUAAAGCAGACCUGGUGGUGAUGAAAUCUCUGAGUGCUUGCUUGUUCGCGAAAAAUUUUAUUUUUCCUUAAUUUAUGAAGCGGAAAACUAGCAUUUUUACAGUUCUAACUAAUUUAGAUGUGAUGCCAAGUAAAAAUGCCAUCUUUUUGGCCAUGAAUUUGAAAAUCAAAUUGAUUAUCCUCCAGAAGACUUUUGCUGCUUUUCAUUUCUACAAACUUUGUAAUUAUCUCUAAGGAUCAAAGAAGUUAAAGAGCUAUGUGUGUCUCAGAAUAAUCUCCUUCUUCUGGUCACAAUAUAUUUGUCUCUGCCAGUGGCUCUUCAUUUCUUUGGUGGCUCUUUUUAGACUCACAGUUAUUCACUAAUAUAAAAUUAGCAGUGUUCUGAUACAUGCUGUAUCAGCCAUAUUCUCUGUUGAGUCAUAAUUUCAAAUUAUUAAAACUGAGAAGAGAGGCCAGGCAUGGUGGUUCACAUCUGUAAUCCUAGCACUUUGGGAGGCUGAGGCAGGCAGAUCACUUGAGCUCAGGAGCCCAAGAACACCCUGGGCAACAAUGCAAGACCCUGUCUCUACAAAAAACAUAAAAAUUAGCCAGGCGUGGUGGCGCAUGCCUGUAGUCCUGACCACUUGGGAGGCUGAGGUGGGAGGAUCACUUAAGUCUGAGAGGUUGGGGCUGCCGUGAGCCCAAAUUGCGCCACUGCAGUCCAGCCUGGGUGAAAAGUGAGGCCCUGUCUCAAAGAAGAAGAAAAAGGGCCAGGGGCUUUUGCUUUUAAAAUUUUGUUUAAACUGAGAAGUGAGAUCACGGGUGCUUUGUUCUCCCUUCUGCACCUUCCUUCUAAAACUAGAUAGCUAAACAGUUAUUUUAAGAAAAAAGAAAUUUAAAAAAAAUAAGCCUGCUUUGUUAGUGGCUAGAAUACACAACACACACACCCAUGAAGAGCGUAUGAAUUGUAACUUAUUGAUAUAUCAUAGGAAUUUACUACCAAUUAAAGAGUGAGAACGGAGGAAGAGAAAAAUACUUAAGACCUCAGAAAAAGGAAACAGUCUUCUUCUCACAAAAACACAGGCACAUGUGAUUGUUUUCACAGGUUCCAUUAAUUAACUCAAGUCUGUCUCAAACUCCAUAAGACAAAAUGGAGUUUCUGUAGAAGUCAGGUGAAUUCAGCUUUGGAGUCACUUAUCUGCAUUUUUUUUUUCCUUUCUUUUACUGUUAUCCUAAAAGUUAUAUUUUCUUGUUGACAGAGAUUUUUGUAAAAGACUGCUACAUUAUUUUAGGAUUAUAUACUACACUUCAAUUGUUCACAAAUGUUUGAUCCCUAAAGGGUGAGUUUUCCACAGACUGUUUGGAAACAACUAGAAAAAUCUUUGUGAAAAAUCUGAAUAAAUUAUCAUAAUGGCUCUCUUGAAGUUUGGUACUUCCACCCUUAUUACGGAAAUUAUGAUUAGUUACUAACCAUUAAAAAUAGGUAUACUCCGGCCAGGUGCAGUGGCUCAAGCCUGUAAUCCCAGCACUUUGGGAGGCUGAGGUGGGUGGAUUACGAGGUCAAGAGAUCGAGACCAUCCUGGUCAACAUGGUGAAACCCCGUCUCUACUAAAAAUACAAAAAAAUUAGCUGGACAUGGUGACACGUGCCUGUAAUCCCAACUACUCGGGAGGCUGAGGCAGGAGAACUGCCUGAACCCAGGAGGCGGAGGUUGCGGUGAGCUGAGAUCACGCCAUUGCACUCCAGCCUGGGUAACAAGAGCGAAACUCUGUCUCAAAAAAAAAAAAAAAAAAUAGGUAUAUUCUAAUAGGAUAGAAAGUCAACUUCCUAGCAAGCAAAAUACCAAGACCUCAGGGGCUACUGCAGGAAAACACCUUUUGCACACUAAAAUCUUUAUAAAAAUUUCCUCUCUCAUUUCAAAUGCAUGGAUGGAAUAACAUUUUUGGUGGUCUUUAAUGGACAGAUUUACUGUCACUUAUUGAUUUUAUCAAAAAUGAAUUGGCUCUCUUAUUUUUAUACUAAUCUUAUUUUUCUCAAGAAUUCUAACCAAAAAGAUUCUCAUUAAAAAAAUUUCAGGUUGACUGAAUUUUUUUCUGUUCUAACCUUAAAUGUUACUAGGUUUGGUUUUUGUUCCUAAGCUAGCUCAAGACUGCCCAAGGUCAUAAUGGUAAGCGUUAUUAUUCAGAAUUCAAUCAGCAUUUCCCCAGUUAUUAAACUAACUGAUGUUCAGGAUGACAACCUACCUGACAUAGCUGCAAGGUCCUAAUGUGCCAUUAUAGUCUUUUCAGCAUAAUUUAGUGUUGAGUGCAAUUCUAACACAUUCUAAAUUUUUGAAAAUCGAUAAUCCAUGGAACGUCCAUAGGUUGAUACCUCAGGUCAAAUACGUGUUUACUCUGGUGAUUGCUGUUUUACUUUACUUGUAUAUCAGAUAUAUAAGCUAUGAACACAAGUUUGUAGGAAAAGUAUCUUCUGGCUGGGCAGUGGCUCACGCCUGUAAUUCCAACACUUUGGGAGGCUGAGGUAGGGGGAUUGCUAGUUGCCAGGAGUUUGAGAUCAGCCUGGGCAAUAAAGCUAGAAUCCAUCUCUCUUAAAAACGUAAAAAAUAUCAAGAGGCUGAGUCAGGAGACUCAUUGGAGCCCAGGAGUUCAAGACUGCAGUAAGCUAUGAUUGUCCCACUGCAUUCCAGCCUGGGUGACAAGAGACCCUGACCCAAAAAAGUAUCUUCUGAUAAGGUUGCAUUUGAAAAUUGCAGAAAUUUAAAAAUUUUUUCUUUUGAUAUUAAGAACUUUAUUAAUCUCUUUAGGACACCUUCUUGGCAAGGAAAUUAAUGGCAUUUUUCAUGACAUCCAACCUGAGACUCUGGUGUUUCUCUGUUCUGGUAAAUUAAAGUUUCAGACAUUUCUUUGUAUCACCUUUUACAAAGUGUUUGCCCUUGGUCCGUUAUGACCAGGUCAAAGAUUCCCAGACACAAGGCUCCAUGUGUAUGUUAGAUGGGAAAAUGAACUGGUGUUGACAUGAAUGCAUGCCCAGGAGGAUGACUGGGAAAGAUUUAAUGGUUGAAGUAUGCUGAGAAACAAUGAAAAAUUUGAAAACUCUCUACAUAAAAGUCACUGAUGGGCACAUGCAUUAAAAAACCAAAAUGUUAUUGCAAAUCUAACACUAAAAAAUAUUUUCCCAAAUAUGAAAAUAUUGACUAAGGAAGAAUAAAAUGCUGGACCCCUAUAGUCAGACUAUUAGUCUUAACUGGUAGUUUAUGUAUAUAUUUUAAUACUUUGUCAUCAUGUAGAUAUCUUAAGAUUUAUUGUGUGACUAUCUGCAUGUGUGUCAUUAAGGAUUACAAAGCUGUGGUCACACAGGACAAAUGGAAAGAUUUUCCUACUUCUGUAAAGAUACGUUUUAUUUUUGUCUUACAAUUUUAUUCUUAGGUCAAUGGUUAUUUAUUAUAAGUUCAGAUAGCACAAUUUUCGUAAGACCCUUUAGAUUUAACAAAUGAAAUUAACACAUAUUUUAAAGUAUUAAAUACAUGGAAGGCACCUGGCAUUAUGCCUGAUUAUAGGGACUUGGUAAAAUUUAGUUUUCUUUGAAUCAACAUUUGAAUUUUUACAGUCUUGCCACUAGAGACUUAAGGACCAUCGAAUGCCUAUUUUUAUACAUUCAUCUUUUCUCAAUUUUUCAAGUUAUCUCAUUUUAAAUAAUUCAAGUAGAAGUGAUUUCAUCAUACUAUCUCAACACCAAUACAAAAUUAUUCCAAAUAUUGUUCUUAAAACCAGAAAAACUGAACUAAGUGCUAUUUUCCCCUUCCAAUUAAGCUUUGUGGAAAAUAUAUGAAUAUAUGAAAUGUUCUCAAAUAUUUUGAAUAGACUGUUCAUGAAGCCUUUUAUUUUGCACAUGUUUAUGCUGUUGAUGUUAGAAACUGUAUAAAUCUUAAAUAUUUGUAUAUUUUUCAUUUGCAAUAAAAUGUGAUUUAAUGAUG